AUGGUCGACGAAAAUACAACAACAACCCGACUAUUGACCCUUCUCAAUGUUUCUGCAACGAAGGCUGGGAAGAAAAAAUGGGAGCCGUAUGUUCCCGCAGUCAAAUUAAACAAGCGCAAGUCGGUCAGGGUGAUGGAAGAUGAAAAUCCAACUGCCGAGGACACACCCGAUGUACAGAUGGGGGAUGGAGACCAAGUACAAGAGAUUGCAUUUGCGAAAGAAGAGAUGGGCCCUGAAGGUGUGUAUACAACAGAUCCAUACGAGCAGCACUUUGGCUGUAACUCCGUCCAUCUUUCUGAAGCAGCUAGGCUCUCAGUAGAUGAACGAGCUUGGAAUCUUCAGCAGUCAUCUCGGGGAAGGCUUGGACCCACUCAUGAGUCCAUACCUGAAGGAUGUGAUCCCGGUCCUUCAAUCAUGAAAGGAGACGCUAUCCUUGAUAGGCUGAAGAAGCCGUCGAAUGCCAGAAAAGGUGUACCGAAAGAUCAACAUGACCUCCAAAACGAUCUACUUUCUACAUUAUCCACCUAUCGAGACCUUUAUUUAUCCUCUAGCUCUUGGGAAAACAGGAAGCCAACCCGUGAAGCUAUAUCCCUACAUUUAUUGAAUCAUAUCACAAAAAAGCGCCGACGGGUGAUCAAGAAUAACGAAAGAAUAUCAAACGCUACAAAGGCUGGUAACGAACCACCUGAAGACAUCCAAGAUCAAGGAUUUACUCGACCCUCUGUUCUCAUCCUCCUACCUUUCCGUUCUUCCGCAUUGGCCUGGUUUAGUGCACUUACGACACAUACUCCUUCACCCGAAUAUCAGAUCGAAAAUCAUACUCGAUUCACCUCUGAAUAUGGUCUUCCUUCUGGUGCAAUCGACAAACUGGCGACGGCAGAACCGGGUACAUAUCCUCAUGAUCACGUCGAGACGUUCAAAGGAAAUGUGGAUGACAAUUUUCGAGUUGGAAUCAAGCUGACACGGAAGAGCGUCAAGCCCUUUACAGAAUUCUAUGGCUGCGAUAUAAUAAUGGCCAGCCCUCUGGGUCUGCGACAAUCAAUACAGAAAGAAAAGAACGCCGAUUAUCUUUCCUCAAUCGAGAUGCUGGUAAUGGACCAACUUGAUGCGUUAACGAUGCAAAACUGGGAUCACGUCAAGUUUAUCCUCGACCAUCUUAAUAAGCUACCUAAGGAAGCCCAUGACACAGACUUUUCGCGUACCAAACCCUGGUAUUUGGAUGGGCACUCGGAAUACCUUCGUCAAUCGAUAUUACUUUCUGCGUAUGAAACGCCCGAGACACGACAGCUCUACAACGCCAGACUCAAGAACGUCGCAGGCAAGAUCAAAACGUACAAGCGGUGGCCACCAAUAGAAGUCCCAGAAGGUGUUGACCAGAGUUUUCUUCGUUUUGAAUGCGGGAAUCCAAAGGACGAAACAGACAAGAGAUUCAACUAUUUCACGACCCAGCUUUUACCCACCAUCCUGAAAUCCGCAGUGCAAAGUUCCAACACAGUCAUCUUCGUUCCGUCGUAUUUUGACUUUGUUCGAGUGCAUAAUCACUUCCGCAAGUUGAGCGUAUCAUUCACGGUACUAUCCGAAUAUUCUACCAAUCAAGAAAUAUCUCGUGCCCGCCAGGCUUUCUUUUCGGGACAGAAAUCGUUUCUAAUCGUCACCGAACGGUUCCACUUUUACAAAAGAUACAAACUACGAGGGAUCCGCAAUCUUGUCUUUUACGGACCUCCCGACCAUCCUCAAUUUUAUAGCGAAUAUUUGUCUUAUCCGUUCUUGGACGAUGGAGUUGAGAGCCUAGAUGUUACGUGUCGUGUGUUGUAUUCAAAGUACGAUUGGUUUAGGCUAGAGAGGAUAGCAGGAACGGAGGAGGCUAUCGAGUUGACGAAAAGUUUGUAGGGGGCGUAGCUAAGACGCUAUGAUAUGUAUCCAUUCUUAUGUUCAAGAUAUACAUGUCCUUUACAGAGCUGUU